AUGUCACUGCUCUCACAUUUAAGCAGAAUAUGUUGCUCCAAGUGCUCCUCAAUACCCUCCAGCUCAACGAGGUACGAAAAUCGCGAAAUUUUGCAACAAUGCGAAAAUUGCAGAUUAUUCUGUUUCGCUCCACAAAUCGGCAAAUCGAGCGGAUUUCUGAGGAGUACAGUGAUCAAAUCGAAACAAGCGUUCAGAAAUGUACUAGAAACACUUUUUAUUCACAAAAAUAAGUCUAGAAUCAACAUUUUUGCAGGUCAGUGUCGUUGAGACGAAACGAGAAUCGUACAAGCUGAAAAAUGCGAGUUGGAAAGACUUGAAAGCGAUUUUAUCGCUUGCAGGACCCUACAAAUGGCGAAUCUUGCGUGCGUUAAAAACUUUGAAAAAUGUAGUGAAAAAGCUCCAAAAAUUCGGAGAGAAAUGUAGAUUAUUACAGAAACAAUUUGAAAUAAAUCAGAAAACCAUAUGAUCUUGUAAUGACGAUUUUUCAGUGGGAAUCUCGUUCCUCGGCGUCUCUAGUUCCAUUUUCCUGCUCACUCCGCGCGUUUUGGGUAAAUUGAUCGACGAGUGGGACGAAACGAAGCAGGAUAAAAUGGAUCAGACCGACAAAUCGCUCUUGGCCGCCCGUUUUUUCAAAGAGAAUCCGUUGGCGCUGUGCGGGUUGUUCCUCAUUGGAGCUCUGGCGAUCGCCGCACGAAUUUACUGCAUGCACACGGCUGGUGGGCGAUUUUCUUAAAUUUUCAGAAAUUUAACGUUUUUUUCUCAUUCUCAAGCGGAAAACAGAAAAACAGCGCUUUAUUGUUAAUUCAGCCAGAAAUUCAAAUUUCAAACCAAUUUAUCAUUUUUUUCACAAUAAUCACCCAGAUUCCGCACGAACCUAAAAGUAAAAAUAUUGUAGGUCAGCUGGUGAUCAACGACCUGCGCAAGACGGUCUUCAACAGCGUUCUACGUCAAGAUAUGGCCUUUUUCGACAAGAGUAAAGUGGGCGAGAUCGUCUCGCGCCUUUCCACAGACGCCCUCAUCGUCGGCUACUCGGUUUCGAUGAAUUUGAGCGACGGAGCAAGAGCACUCAUCACUUGUCUCGGAUCCGGGGGACUAAUGGUCCGUUUGGGGACGAAAAUUCGAAACAUCGGGGAGAAACCGUGAAAAACAGAAAUAGAGAAUUGAAAGUGGCGACCGAUUUUUCAAAUUCUUGCAGGUGUACACCUCGUUGGCAAUGUGCAAAGUGAUUGUGGUGGUUGUGCCGGUGAUUGUGGGCACUUUUGCAGUGUUCGGAAAACUUCAACGCAAGUACACGCUCAUGAUGCAGGAAGCCGUCGCCGGAGCCAAUCAGGUACACAUUUUUAAAGGAAAAAUGGGAAUUUUUCUGAGAUGGGCUUUUGCCGGCCGCGGCUUUUGGCUCACUUCCAGUUGACCGAUCGGACCCAAAAAGUGUGAAGUGUCUCUGAGGAAAUUUUAGGCCCAAAUAGCGGCUCAGAUCAGACUAUCUUAUCGAGAUGAAAAUUGUCCUGGACAAGCUUCAUACCAAGGCAAAGGUCUGAAAAAGGCCAAGCCCAUUGGCCUAAAAUCAUAUUUUUUCCCAAAUUUUUAAGUGGAAACGUACAAAAAUUGUCCAAUUUGAAGGUGGCAACGGAACGGCUGUCUUCGGUGCGGACGGUCCGAAUGCUUGUGGCGGAACAAAAAGAACUGGCCGCCUAUUCCGAUAAAAUCAACGAUAUUUGGCUGAUUUCGAAGAAGGAAGGCUUCGCGAAGGGCUGCAUGUUCGGAUCGUUCCAGUUCACCGGAUACCUCGCACUCUCUUCCAUCCUCUUCUACGGAUCGAACCUGAUCAGCCAGGGACUACUCACUUAUGGUCAUUAAAAAAAAUUAUUAAUUUGGUAAGUAGAAUACUUACAGGAGAACUAUCCUCGUUCUGCCUGUACGCUGUGCUCAGCGCCGGAAGUCUGUCGGCCAUGUCCGGAUUCUAUUUGGAACUCAUGAAGGUUCGUUUUUGGGUAUUUCUAGGCGAAGCAAUUCAAAAAUCAGUUUUUAGGGUCUCGGAGCGAGUUCCCGUCUGUUCGAACUCAAAGAUCGAGCUCCACGGAUUCCGCUGGAAGGAGGCAUCAAAAAGGGAAAUGUCGAGCACGCGAUCAGGUUUCUUUUUGCUUUUUUCACGAAUUUCCAUCGACAAUAGGCCUAUUCGAUUCCCAAAAAAAAAACAGGAGGCGAGAGAGAAGCUGUGCGCGCGCGAAAAGACAGGGACGCAGGCGCGAAACAACAAACAACAACAACAACAACAGUUUCGCACCUGCGUCUCUGCCUUUUCGCGCGCUAACAGCCGCUCUCUCUCUCUCGCCUCCCGUUUCUUUUUCCGCUUGAACCGCAAACUCGCCCGCCCCUGGUCAAGAACUCAAAACUUUUUACAGAUUCGAACACGUGGCAUUCGGCUACGAUAACCGAGAUCCGCUCUUCCACAAUAUCUCGUUCGACGUGCCGGCCGGAAAGAUUACCGCCGUCGUGGGAGCGUCCGGAUCCGGAAAGUCUACGAUCGCUUCGCUUCUCCUCAGGUAUUAUUGAUUUUUUCGAAAAAUUAGGCAAUUUUAUGAGCGUUUCUCCAGAAUCUUCAUAAUUUUCUAGACUUUACGACCCGACGAGCGGCCAGAUCCUCGUGGACGACGUCGAUUUGCGGGAUGUGGAUCCGUCGUACUGGCGCAGACACAUCGGAACGGUCGGACAGGAGCCCGUCCUUUUUUCGACCACAAUCCGCGACAAUAUCAUUUACGGAAGCAGCGAACCGGACAAAGUUACCGAGGCCGACGUUAGUUUCACGCGGGAAAAACUUUUUUUGUUCCGAAAAAUCUGACGAAGGCUUGAGAGAUCGAGAAAAUCGCAUAAAACUUUCAGAUCGUCUCGGCGGCCGAACAAUCGAAUGCCGACGAGUUUAUCAUGAGGUUCCCGCUGAAAUACGACACAAAGGUACUGGACAUCAAUUUUGUGAAAACGUUUUAUGAUUUAUAGGUCGGAGAGCACGGCUCAACACUCAGCGGAGGACAGAAACAGAGAAUAGCCAUUGCGCGGGCGCUUGUCAAUGUAAAUUUGUUUAUUUUUUUUCUUGAGAAACAGUGAUAACUUGCAGAAACCCAACAUUCUGAUUAUGGACGAGGCGACGUCGGCCCUGGACGCAUCAUCCGAAUAUUUGGUCCGGAUCGCACUGAACAAGCUUCUGGCGAACAGCAAACAGACGGUUAUGAUUAUUGCGCACAGGUACACUGUUUUUAAAAUUUUGGAGGUCUGGACUUUUUACCCAUUUGCAAUAAUACGAUUGGGCCCGAGCUUUGCAGGCUUCUUGCACUUAAAUUGAAGUAUAUUGGGUCCAAGCUUCAGACCGAUCGGAUCAUCUGGUCCCGAGGUAUGUGGAUCAGAGGCCGAAAGGCCCGCAAUUAUCACAAAAACCCGGUCUUUUCGGCCUGAAGCCAGCAUAUCUCGGGACCGGAUAAUCGAAUCGGUCUGAAACUUGGACCUGACAUACUUCAUUCCCAGUCCAAGAAGCCUGCAAAGUUAGGGCCCGAUCGGAUAAUUACGAGGCCUCAAAAAGCCUUCGAAGAGCCCGGGCCGACGUUUAUUUUUUGUGCAGGUUAUCAACAAUCAAACACGCCGAUCAAAUUGUGGUCGUCGACAAGGGAAGCGUGGCGGAACGCGGCAGUUACGAGGAGUUGAUCGCCAUUCCGGACGGUAUUUUCCGAAAAUUGGUCGAAAAACAGACGUUCGGAUUCAAGGACCAGGAUAAUUACUAG